CACAACAGAUAGCCACAGGUUGUGGACUGACUGGAGCACAAGGUGUGGCUGUAUCUGAAUGAGGAUUCUUUCUAUACUUGUUAAUCAUCAGCCCGGCACACAUUCAUUUCAGUGUUGUAUCUCUGACAUUUGACUGAGGCUUGGCUCUCUGCCUUUAUCUGCUUGUGCAUUUUUGGCCUCUGCAUUUUAGGAGCACUUUUGGACUUUAUGAAUGAGACCUGAUCAGUUACAGAGUGACACAUUUUAAAGUGUGCAUCUACAAAAAGCAGGGGAAUGAAUUUUGAUGAAAUUCUCUGUCUUAUCGGAGGCUUCGGGAAGUUCCAAAAGAUCGUGUAUGUAUGGAUCUGUGUGCCGCAGAUCUUUCUGGCAUUCCACAUGCUGGUCUCUGUCUUCACGGGGGCUGUUCCUCCACAUUUAUGCCGCUCCACAUGGCCCUCAGCUGGUGAUCCGGCCCCUUUCAACUUCAACCUCAGCCUUCAGUCUACCCCUGAUGGCCAGCCUGAGCUGUCCUGCACAGUCCCCUUGAACCACAGCGAUGCAGUAGCUCUUGGUGAUGGACACCCUACUGGGAGCUGCCAGAGGGGCUGGGAGUACAGCACAGAGACCUUCCAAAGCACCAUAGUAACUGAGUGGGACCUGGUUUGUGAUAGAGCCAAACUGAACAACAUGGGCUCCUCCAUCUACAUGUUUGGCCUCCUUGUUGGAGCUGUUGUGUUUGGGAGCUUAGCUGAUAAGUAUGGUCGCAGGAUCAUCAUCCUCAUCAACCUGGCUUCCCAGGCUGUCUUUGGGGUUGGUGCUGCUUUCGCCCCUAAUUUCUACAUCUACACGGCCCUUCGCUUUAUGGUUGGAACAUCAGUCUCUGGUGUCAUCAUGAAUGCCUUCGUCCUAGGCACAGAAUGGACAGGAUCUAAGCAGCGGAUGUUGGCGGGUAUAAUCACUGACUACUUCUUUGGCAUUGGCUACAUUCUGCUGGCCGGAUUGGCAUACCUCAUAAGAGACUGGCGUAAACUGCAGCUGGCAAUCUCAGCACCUGGUUUCCUCUUCAUUUUCUACAUCUGGGUGUUGCCAAAAUCAGCUCGCUGGUUAAUGGCCAAUGACAGAAAAGAGGAAGCAUGGGAACUGAUUCUGAAAGCAGCGCAAAUGAAUGGGAAGCCCCUCACCAAAGAUUUGGAGAUGUGUCAGGUCUAUAAAAUUGAAGAGGAUACAGAGGUGAAGAAAAAACACUCAAUCAUAGACCUUGUCCGAACCCCGAAAAUGAGGAAGCAGUCUUUGAUUGUUUUUUAUCUCUGGUUCGCCAACGUGCUAGUGUACUACGGCCUGUCUCUCAACAUUUCUGACUUUGGAAUGAACAUCUAUCUGACCCAGAUGAUUUUUGGCCUGGUGGAGAUGCCUGCACGCACCAUCACCCUGUUUACCCUGAACCGUUCUCGCAAGAUCUCCCAGCUAGCUUUCCUGGCUGUGGGUGGCACAGCCUGCCUGCUGACCAUCUUCAUCCCCAGCGACCUGUCUGUCAUUAAGACUGUGUUGGCCAUGACUGGGAAGUUUGGAAUCACAGCCUCUCUGUCCAUUAUUUACGUCUACUCAGCUGAGGUGUUCCCUACUGUUAUCAGACAAAAUGGGAUCGGUAUAGGCUCCAUGUGUGCUCGGACUGGAGGAGUCCUGGCUCCCAUGCUGUACCUUCUGAGGAGCAUCAGUCCACAGGCUCCCAUGGUUCUGUGUGGCCUCUGCCCUCUGCUGGGUGCUGUCCUCACCCUGCUGCUACCUGAGACAGCCAAUAAGUCCCUACCUGACACCAUUGAAGACGUGGAGGGAUCCAGCCUCAGUGAGGAGGAUGGCGGUGUGAAGCCAGUCGACUUUCAGACCUCUUGGAAGAAAACGGACGUCGUUGGGAACACCAGGGCGAAUUUAUGAGCAACAGCGCCAUAUAUCAUGAGGCAGUCAGUAUUAUUUCAGGACGAUUCCAUAAGUCUGUUUCCAGUGGGAGUCAAGAUUACAUUUAGUUUUUAUGGGUCUUUUACAAGAUACCCAGAUUCUGAACACUUAAACAAAAGUGUAAGUAUUUUUACUCUUCUUUUUUUUUUACACGUUUGUAUGUAUGCCAUGUUAUGUAUGCCAUCUUUGAUUUUGUUCAUGUGUCCAUGUGUUA